CCGCGGCGGCGGAGAGCGGUUCCCCCCCGCCCCGCUCUGCCCCCGCCGCCGCCUCCGCCCCCCGCCCCGUGACUCGGCUGCCUCCCGCGGGCGGCGGCGGCGGCUGCCGGGCGGUGUCGUGCGGCCCCCCGCGCCCGUGCGGGGACUAUGAAGCACCAUGGUGUGGUGUGACCGUGGCGUCCAGAUGCUGCUGACCACGGUGGGAGCCUUCGCCGCCUUCAGCCUCAUGGCCAUCGCCAUCGGCACCGAUUACUGGCUCUACUCCAGCGCUCACAUCUGCAACGGCACCAACAUCACGACGGACGAGGCGCAGGGACCGCCGCGGCGGGCGAGGGGAGAUCUCACGCACUCGGGGCUCUGGAGGAUCUGCUGCCUCGAAGGAAUCUACAAAGGACAUUGCUUCCGAAUCAACCAUUUCCCUGAAGACAAUGACUAUGACCAUGACAGCUCAGAAUACCUUCUCCGCAUUGUCCGUGCCUCCAGUGUGUUCCCCAUCCUGAGCACAAUAUUGCUGUUGCUGGGAGGACUCUGUGUCGGAGCAGGAAGGAUUUACAACAGCAAAAACAACAUUAUUCUCAGUGCUGGGAUUCUCUUUGUUGCAGCAGGACUAAGUAAUAUCAUAGGGAUCAUUGUCUACAUAUCAAGCAACACAGGUGACCCGAGUGACAAGCGAGAUGAGGACAAAAAGAACCAUUACAACUAUGGUUGGUCUUUUUAUUUUGGAGCCUUGUCUUUCAUCGUGGCUGAAACCAUAGGUGUUCUGGCUGUGAACAUUUAUAUUGAGAAGAACAAAGAGCUGAGGUUUAAGACCAGGAGGGAAUUCCUUAAGACUUCUUCCAGUUCUCCUUAUGCCAGGAUGCCAAGUUACAGGUACAGGAGGCGGAGGUCCAGAUCCAGUUCUCGGUCUACAGAACCUUCUCCAUCUAGAGACAUUUCUCCAGUUGGCAUGAAGAUAGCAAGCACCAUUCCCAUGAAUGAGAUUUCCAUGUACACUCUUUCCAGAGAGCCUUUGAAGGUUACAACCGCUGCCAGCUACAACGCAGACCAAGAAGCCAGUUUUCUGCAGGUUCACAACUUCCUUCAGAAGGAGUUUAAGGAAGGACUCCAUGUCAACAUGGUCAACAGGAGAACAACGCCUGUUUGAAGCACCCUCCUUUCCCAUGCUAUUUGAAGAAAUACCGAAACAGAAUGGAUCGGUCAUGAGCGAGAAGGAGCGAUGUUAAAAUACCCUCUCACCUCUAGAAUUGUGGCAUGUGUUGAGGUAGCAAGUGGAGAUCCUCUGGACCAACAUAAUGAUAUCACACGCUCGUAGCUUUUUUUGAAGCUAUUUGGAGUUCAUUUCUUUCAGUUCUUGGUGUCACAAGAUGAAGGUGGUUCAUGUUGCUGCACUUCUGUAGUGUGUACAAAGUCGUGGAGAAACUGCAAAGGACUGGCCACCAGUGUGUUUUAAAGGAUUACAGAGAAAUUGUCGUACUUCUUCUUUUUUUCUAAUGUUGAGAUCCCUUAGUACGAACUUGCAAAUGUAAUUUAUAACCAAGCCCAAGGAUGAAUAUGAACUGCUCCUCAAGUGAGCCACUUCCCUUUGAUGCAGCGUAAGCUUUGCCUCUUUCCAAUAAAAAAGAAAAAAAAGAAAAAAAAAAGAAAAAAAAAGAAAAAAAAGGGAAUAUUUUUGAAGGCAACACUUUCUAAAACUGACCUGUGCUACUGAAGCCGCAGAGCACCCGCAUGCUGAGCAUUACAGACUCCCUGAUGGGGUGUAAGGGGGUCUCCCAUUUCUGGUGUAAGUCGUCCCUCGGGGCAAUGCAGGUAGGGGAGAAGAGGGUGGGUGCAUCCUGAAACACCUAAAAGGGGAAGGAUUGAAGUAGGUGGGACUUGAGCAUAUUUGCAAAUAUCAUUUCUUGCCUAACAUUUAGAAAACUUGAAUUCUCAUUUCGACUAGCCCUAGUGCCUGAUCUGGCAAGGUGCUGAGUGCUGUCUGUCAGGAGCCCCUAUAGACUACUUACAGCAAGAGUGAGAAGCAGAGCUGAGCCAGGGUGGCCGGUUCCCUGCGACUGCAUUCCUGUUUUCCUUACUGCUUCACAAGUGCAACACUAACGCUACUGGAAACUAAGAUACCUAAGCAAUGUGCGUGAGAAAACGAGAAGCUAAUAUGUUCGGACUAGCAAAACUUCCUGCAGCAAUGGGGACUGAGUGUUAACAGAACGGAUGACAACUUUGUAUUUUUUAAACCAGAACAAAAAUAAUCACCGUUUAUGAGAUAUUUAUUAAACUCUUUUUAUUAUGAAUAAGUGCCGCAUGGUGCAAGGUAUAGUUACUUUUAGAUGGAAAUGAUGGUCUGGUUUGGUCUAAUUUUAUUUAUUUUGUAAUGGUGAAUCUACUGACGUGCAGAGAGCCCACAGACAACUCUAUGCAUCACCUAAGGGGGAACUGAUUUGUACCCUUCGCUUCUGUAUGUUUCUAAAAAAGUCUGAAAUAUCCUUUUUCUUUCAAAUUCCUGCUUUCAUGUUUUUUACACAUAGGCUUGGAAUCUCAAAGCUCAAGGGCCUGACUCAAAGGUAAUUUAAUUUAAUAGUACUCAUGUUAAUUUUAGUGACCACUCAACCAAGCCAUAUGAGAAUGAGGUGCCCAAUUCCCCUUGGAUGAAUUAGGUGCAGUGAGAGAGGAGCAUCUAAUUCCUGUAGAUUAUAUACCCAUCGUCUUUGG